AUGCCAGUCAAUCGUCCUCGUGUUCGGCGUGGACGCUCUCUUAACAUCAGCGCUCUUCUUGCCUCAGGCGACUUCUACAUCGAUGACAACGGUUACCUCGUCUCGGUAUCUAAUGGAACGCGCUACCGCCUUCCCUCGGGCCCCCCUGAAGGUCGUUCAGGCGGACCGUUUGAACUUCAACCGAUCCUGCCUGGCAAGAAUCAGCAACUGGCUGAUUCCGCGGUUGAAUGGUUUGAACUCACAACCGCCAAGACAGCCUCGCCAUCGACGUCUCUCGCAAAGACCCGCUUACCGCCAAGCCUGAAUUCCACUUCCGGCGAGUACCAGUCGACAGUUGGAACACUUCAGCUGUCUUUAGCGCUGGUGGCCUGUUCAGUGGCCCUGAUGGCCAACCUGGGGCUGGUUUCGAUUAGUUGUUGGCAUCUGUUUCGCUCGGAGUUGGGCCAAAAACAGCAGCAGCAAAACAGAAGAAGCACCAAUUCCAUAAGCCUGCAGCCAAUAAGGCCGCCUGAAGGUGUAUUUAAAACUAGCGAUUUCGCAAAUGCGACCACUCAGAGCGAACGCAUUUCGCUGUCAUCAGAAGAACUCCAUUCCAGUUCCAUCUCGCUCAGCUCUGACGAUUCACGCCCAAGACAGCGUGUAAAGAAAGUGAUGCCCGAACGUCAAAAAGAAAGUCGCCCUUUUACUAAUGCCCGGUCUUGCCUCGGAAUCGGCGCACACAUAGGUCUCCUGGGCGUAGUGCUGGCCUUUGUCCAUCUCACGGUGACCUGCUUCCACCUCACCCAGACACCACUCAGUACCGUGCUCUGUCUGCUCGUGACGUCCAUCGCCAUGGACACCCUCCUUUGCGUUCAACUACACCUCAUCUCGUGUUUCCUUUGCCUCGUGCUCAUUGGGUUCCUCUCGCACGUGUCAGCAUCGCCCUCAGGUCAACAGCGAUUCGCCUGUCUGGCUCUCUCGCAUUCCCUACCCUGGGCGCUGGCAGCAGGAUCAGCACUCUUCAUCACCCUGAGGCCAUCGGAAGCGUCAGUUCACGCCAAUAUAUUUUUCACUGGCUUUGACACCGACUGUGAUAUAAAACCUUCAACUACCUUCCAGCUUUCUCUAAUUGCUCUUCUGGUUAUAACGCCACUCGUUGGAGAGAUCAUGCUCGCCCUCCUGCUAGUGUGUUGCUGCAAACAGAUAAAACGGCUAGUGAGUCUUAUCGUAGUCCUCCUGCCAGUUCUGAACUGCAGUUGUCUUAUACCCGUGAUAGCUGCAAGAGUGGGCAAUCUGACCCUUCUCCCACUUGCGGUGGAGCCGAUUCUCCUCUUGAUGCUUUACCAUCUCCUGUUUAUCAAGACAGCACAGCCACCGCUACCACCGUCACCACAGGAGCUGCAACGGAUCCCCACCACAACUGAUCUACGAUCCCCUCUACACCAAGUGGUUUCCGAUGAAUCACCUUCUCUGGCCUCAGAUAUGUUCUUUCCACAGACUAUACUAGCAAUAACACCACAUCGCUGUAGCCACACCAACAGUCUAAGGAGUGCAUCGCCGUCUAGGUUCACAAAGCUCUGUCCGCAUUAUCAACAGAUCUUGCACCAACAACUCAAGCACCCGCACACCUGCUGUGCUGGCGGUUCCUUUGAGAUGAACGAUAGAACAGAUGUUUUUCCCGCUACUGACAUCCUAAAUAACAUGUCGGCCAGCUCGACGAAUCCGGCAACCGCGGCUGUGAUGGCUGCUGCCGCCGCCGCUGUGGCAGCAAGCGCGAAGCACCGGCACCACUCAGACGCCCCCCACCUGCACCCCGUGCCCUUCGACCCCGCCUACCCUCCGGCCGCCCUCCUCCUCCACUCGCCCGGAGUUGUCCACUGCCCGGUUGAUGGCAGUGUCGCCGCCCCAGUGCUUGAUCAGCACGCAGAAGACGCCCUCGAAAGCGAUGCAUCUCCUAGAAAAUGA